AUGCCGGGCCCCGUCAUCAACAUGGUGCUUCACGACCGCAAGCUUACUGUCAAACCGGGCUCCGAACUGCGUUCCCUUUUCGGCCCGAUAAGUGUCCAGACACCCUUCACCGUUGGUGGCGAUUCCCUCCCUGUCAACCGUCUCCCCUUGACAGAUGCCCACUAUACCCAAGAGGACAAGAGCCUGAACCACGAAAUCUGGAACGUCAUCCCUCUGGGCCCGAAGGGGGAGGUAACCCCUACAGGUUACAACGCUAUGAACCAUGCCCAGAAGACACUCAAAUUCUCGCAGUUUGGCCUUCGCAGGCUUGGACAUGUGAUUGCUCCCCAGGUCUUGGGGGACCUCCGCAUCCGCAAGGCAAACCUCACCGUUGAGCCUCUCCCCGAACUGGUCGAGCGUCUCGAGGUGAUGAAGAACAAAGCCAACAACCUGUUCUCCGAAGGCAGGCUGAGAGCCGCGAUGCAGAUGUACCGUGACGCAGUGUACGCCCUGUACCCAUGGACUGGCUCUGCAAUUCUGUUCAACUCUACCAAUGCAUUCAAGUACGGGAUUGCUCAACUCGCUCUCUGGAGCAACAUGGCGACCACGGCACUCAAACUCGGUCGCCUGGAAGGCGGAUUUUCCGACUGGUUCACUACCGCCAAAAGCUGCGCCGAAGUCGUCACCGACAUGCGUUACGUCUCGUCUCGUACCCUGGCACGCGCUUUAGCUCGCGUGGCCGAGAUUACGCACGAAAUCGGGCAAUUCCGCCCUGACCUGAGGCUCUUCGACAGUUGCAACUGGAGGCUCGGUGUCGGUCCCGAAAUCGAGCUCUCGAAUCUGCUCGCUCUGGGCGAUGGUGGCGAUCAAGAGUGGGUGCACAAGGACUGCUUCGACCUUCACAUCUGCGAGUCCACUGCUCGCGCCCAGAAGAAGAUUGCGGCCCUCCCCGAUAGAGGCGCCGUCAUCCAACUCUAUACUGGCGUGACUCUCAAGAUCAGCUUCAGGUAG